CAACCAAACAAUCAAACAGAUCCAUUUUCACAUUCAAACUAACCUGAUAACGCCAACAAAACAAAGAGAACACGAGAAACCUCUGAGUGAACCAUUCAAAUUUCAAAUCCAAAUCCACGAAUCAAACUAGUGAAGUCCCAUGGAGCUGGCCCGCAUUGUCGAGUCGAGUGUAGCAUUUGCAGAUCAAUAGGAGAAGGCAAAUGGUUAGAGUGCUGAGGAGAACAGCGGCAGCAUCCUUGGCAGAUGUGCCGACAGAUUUGAAGAAGCCAACCUCAUCAAUGACCUCCAGUCCUCGGUGGAGCCAAGGAGGCAUUCACGAUGCUCCAUUUGCAAUGCGCAUAAGCUGUGGUGCUCGUGAAAAUGUUCAUACUUCUCCAACCAAUACAUUGUGGUUUAAGGAUUUUGCAUAUACUGGAGGGAUACCUACUAACGGGACACGUCCAAGUUACAUUACUCCUCCACUUAAGACAGUUCGCUAUUUUCCUCGGUCAGCCGGUCCUGAAAAUUGCUAUAACAUCAAUAGAGUGCCCAGUGGGCACUAUUCAGUGAGGAUCUUUUUUGGACUGGUUGCAGAAUCUAAUUUUGUCAGUGAGCCUUUGUUUGAUGUUUCUAUGGAAGGAACACUGGUUUAUUCUUUGAAAUCAGGCUGGAGUCACAGUGAUGAUGAGCAGGUAUUUGUUGAAGCCCUUGUGUUUCUCACAGAUGGUUCUGCCUCUCUUUGCUUCCAUAGCACUGGUCAUGGAGACCCAGCAAUUUUUUCAAUUGAAAUUCUUCAAGUGGAUGAUAAAGCAUACUAUUUUGGCCAGAAUUAUGGUAAAGGUACAAUCCUUAGGACAGUACAGAGGCUAAGCACUGGUUCUAAGAUGCCAAAGUUUGAUGAAGAUUACAGAGGGGAUCACUGGGGUGGGGAUAGAUUGUGGAAUCCCAUAAUGGUUUUCAAUCCAACUUCUGAUAGCAAUAUAUCUACUGGAAAGAGCAUCAGACAGGCUUCAGUUUCACCUAACUUCUAUCCAGAAGCUCUUUAUAAGACUGCACUUAUCAGUACAGAUGUGCAGCCAGACUUAGCAUAUACAUUGCCUGUGGAUCCUAAUAGAAACUACUCAAUUUGGUUGCAUUUUGCAGAGAUUGAUCGUUUGGUCAAUGGAGUAGGGCAAAGGGUAUUUGACAUCCUAAUAAAUGGUGAUAUUGUAUUUAAAGAUGUGGACAUUGUGCGUAUGAGUGGGGAUCUUUACACUGCUUUUGUACUGAACAAAACUGUUGCUAUUAAUGGUAGAAGUUUGACAAUAUCAUUGCACCCUACGAAGGGUAACAGUGCCCUAAUCUGUGCUAUUGAGGUCUUUGAGGUCAUUAUAGCAGAGUUCAACACUUCCCCAGAUGAAGUUAAGGCUUUGCAGGCAUUGAAGAGUGCACUGGAGCUUCCUCUUCGUUUUGGGUGGAAUGGUGAUCCAUGUGUUCCCCAACAACACCCUUGGAGUGGUGUGGAUUGCCAAUUUGAUGGAAGCAGUGGCAAAUGGUUCAUUGAUGGACUUGAUCUAGACAAUCAAGGUUUGAGGGGCUUCUUGCCAAAUGAGAUAUUCUGGCUGCAUCGCUUGCAAAGCAUAAACUUGAGCGGAAACGGCAUCCAUGGGGUAAUCCCAUCCACUCUUGGAAACAUAACUAGUCUGGAAACUUUGGACUUCUCCUACAAUUCUUUCAAUGGAUCAAUACCUGAAAGUCUUGGACAGUUGACUUCAUUACGAAGAUUGGAUUUGAACAGCAACUCCUUGUCUGGAAGAGUUCCAAGUGCCCUCGGUGCAAGGCUUUUGCACAGAGCUAGUUUUAAUUUCACUGAUAAUGCAGGUCUUUGUGGGAUACCUGGGCUUCCUGCAUGCGGACGGCUUUCUGCUGGUGCAAAAGUAGGCAUUGGUUUAGCUGCAUCCAUGGGAUUGCUACUGAUUAUCAUCUGUUCAGUAUGUUGGUGGAAAAGACGGCAGAAUAUUCUCCGAGCACAGAGGAUUGCGGCAAGAGAUGCUCCCUAUGCAAAAGCAAGAACCCAUUUUGCACGCGAUGUGCAAAUGGCUAUGCAACACGGUCAUGAACAUGCCCGGACAGCUGCAGAGAGUGGGCCUAGUCUUCUUUCUUGAUUGGCCAGCGAUGUCUACCUCAUCCUUUCCAAUUAAAGAUAGCUCCUGUUUUGUUGGUUGGAUUCCCCAACGUUUGUUCUAACUUGCGAAGACCUCAUCCUGUUUGGCUGAUUUUGCUUCACAGUUCAUGAUUUUGGGAUGCUGCAUUCAGGAGUGCUUCCUUUUUCUUCAAAAUCUUGUUGGAUAAUCCUUCGAGUCAUUCUCCAAACAGGUUGGUGCCAUCUGCACAUAUACCACAGGUUGAAGAAUUGUAUAUGGCACAGGUUUAAAUUUUGUAUAUUGCUCCCAUUUUUUUUCUUAAAAAAAAAAAAAAAAAUUCAUUUUGGCAGGAGAGGUUCUAACUAUUGCAGUAGAAAUUUAAAUGUUUUUAUUUUUCCGUUUUCCAUCGGUGGUCUAGCAUCCAGAUUGUCCAAAGGAACUCCUAUGUCUCAGAAGGCCGAAUUAAAAAUUUAAGCCCUGUUUAACAUGGUCUGAACUCUGAGCAAGCCUUGUAAUCUCAUUUGCUACAGUCAAUUUAUUUCUUUUUCUCUGUUCUGAAGUUUGGUAUUUUUGCAUAACCUCAGCUUGGCUUGUAUAUUUUUCUAAUGGCACACAUUGAUUUUUCUUCAAUGAAAAUAAAGGUCUAUGGUGCAAAGCACAAGUUCUAA